UUCAGUGCGAGAAGUGACUUCGAACGGUUAACGAUGAAAAACUUUUUCGUCCCGUUAAAAAAUAAAUGAAAAGUCGGAGGAAAAUUACAUUUAAUUGAAUUAUAAAUAUGGUCUAGCAAAACUAAUUUAAAAUUGUGUAAUUUAAUGCCAAAGCAAUUAGUUGAAAACAAGCAUAAAAAGAGUUAAAUAAAAUUAAGUGGUCUGUGGAAGAAAAGGAAGAAAAUAUAAGAAAAAUCGCUUUUCCACCAAACACAAGCAGGAGAUUUUUUUUCUAAGGAAAAUUGAGUGAAGAAAACCAUCAACGAAGCAUAUGUGUUAUAAUAAAAAUGAGGGUGCUGUUACUGUUACUCUUCUCCUUCUACUGCCUACAAGGAUGUUACGGCUCUGAAGUUGAAACAAAAUCUGUAAUCCGUGGUCAAUCAACGACCCUAACAUGUCCUAUAGAUAUAACAAACUGUGGUGAGCUCCACUCCAUUAAAUGGUUUAAAGGAUCAGAACGAAUUGGUGUAGCUUCGGGCGAUGGGAAGUUUUCACAGGUGGAAGGUUCAAUCUCCGACAGACUUGCUAUCAAUUAUUCGCCUGGACGUUUUGUUAAGCUUGAUAUUAAAUCCAUACAAAUUGAUGACGAAGAUACUUAUUCGUGCGAAGUUACAUAUCUUGAGCCGCUCGAAACGUGCGACACGACUGGUGAAUAUCAAACGAACGUGAAUGUUGUCGUUCCACCUUCAUCUAUUCAAAUGAAGCGGAAAGAUGAUACACUUAUACGAAAUGGAACUACAAUAGGUCCAUUAAAGGAAGGUCAUCGAUUGGAAAUGAACUGUGAAGUUCGUGGUGCUCGACCUCAACCAACAAUUGGGUGGUAUCGAGGAGGAAGAAAGUUACCAGCUGAAGAGAGUGUCGAUCCCGAUGAUUUUAAUCGCGGUCUCUUUACAGUAAAUUCAAAGCUUAAGCUAAGUCUAUCACGUCAGGAACUUGGCAAGACGCUUGAGUGUCGUGUGAAAACAACAGACGAUGAUCCCAUUAUUUCAAAUCAAUUGUUCAUUGAUUUAGAAGUUCGUCCAACAGAAAUCCAUUUAGACGGAGUGAAAUCGCAUGUUGUUGAAGGAUCGAGAGUCUUAUUGCAAUGUCAUGUGCUCGGCGCAAGACCCGCUGCUAACAUUUCAUGGUAUAAUUCGUCGAAGCUAAUCGAUGAUUCAAAUAAACUGACAACGAUCAGCACAACAGCAUCACUUCAAAGCGAUGGAACAUUCGAAACAUCAAGUCAACUGAUAUUUACUGCCACAAGAUUCGAAAACGACGCUAUGAUUCGAUGUGAAGCAGAUAACAUUGUCAUGCGAAACGAUAUGGACAAACCAUUGCAGCAAUUUCUUAGUUUGGAAGUCAUGUAUCCACCUGUUGUGAGAGUUACACCUGAAAACAUGACGAUAAAUGAGACUGGAGAAUUUCUACUGUUCUGUUCGUAUGACGCCAAUCCAGCAUCGUUAGCAAGCAUAAGGUGGCUGCAAAAUAACUCAGUGAUUAAUUUAAAUCAAUCACGUUUUGACGGUGGCCAUCCAGAACAGACAGCACUGCUUGUGAAGAAUGCUACAAGAUAUGACAUUGGAUCUUAUUCUUGUGAACUCACGAAUCAAGUUGGCACGGGAACGAGCGAAAAUGGAGCUGUUAUUGACGUUCAAUAUAAGCCAACAGUAACGAUUCGCUUCGAGCCAACAUCGCCAAUAAUUGAGAAUGAUCAUGUGAAUGUGACUUUACAUUGCGAUGUUAACGAUGGAAAUCCUCGCAAAUUACUCAAAGUUCAAUGGAUGAUAGAUGGAAUGGUAUUGACGGAGUUGCCCGAGUGUAACGAAGAUUCAUUUGAUGAUGAUGCCGAUGAUGAUGAAGAUGAAGACGAUGAUGAUGAAGGAAAAUCACGUAAAAAUCAAAAUUAUUUCUGCUUCAUCGAUCCCACAAAAAUUCUCUUGCAAAACGUCAACCGAGAAUUCUUGGGCAAUUAUAGCUGCAGGGGAUUUAAUGCAGCAGGAUGGGGAGAUGAGAGUGAAUCCAAGCUGUUGGAUAUAUUUUAUGAGCCUGGUAAUGCGAGCAUUUCGGUUGAUCCGCCAAUUCCGUUGAAGGGCAAAAGUAUGGAGCUUUCAUGUUCAGUUGAAGAUUCUGGUAAUCCAAAGUCAACACGAUUUCACUGGUUGCGUGGCGACGAGCCAGUCAAAGAUAUUGUCACAUCCAUUUGGACCAUUGAUCCCGUCAUUUUAGACAGCAGAAAUAACUUCUCAUGCUAUGCUUUUAACGAUGGUGGAAAUGGCACUUUGGCUACCAUCUACAUCGAUGUUCAAGUGGCUCCAUCAUUCAUCAACAAUUUAUCGCCCUACACAGGCUUUCUUUAUUCAGAGCCAAAUGUUAUGCUCUCAUGUCGCGUUGAAUGUGUCCCAGAAUGUUCCAUCUUUUGGUUUCGUGACGGAAAUUUAAUCGACAACAACAAUCCGCGUUAUUAUAUAAAGAAAACUAUGAUGCCCGCUGACACAUAUACGGGCGACUUUGAGAGCGUCUUAUCAGAAUUGUAUUUCAAUAUUUCGGCAUGGCCGAAUCAUCGUUUGGAUAGUUCGAAAGACUCGGCAAACUACAGUUGCAGCUCUUCAAACAACUCAGUUGGUCUUGGCGUGAGAAGUGUAACAUCAUUUGGUGUUGAAUAUCCACCCGAAAAUGUAACUAUUACGCCAACAGAGGUGCAAGUGGUUGAAGGCAAAACACCAGCGUAUCUAUUAUGCAGUGCAUCAGCGCAUCCAAACCCACAAUUUCAUUGGAAGCGUUUUGGUUCUAAUGAUGUGUUGAUGAGCACAGCAGCUUUAAAGUUCACCAGGGGAUUGAAUCGAACGGACAAAGGCGUGUAUUCAUGUAUCGUUGAGAACAAACACGGCAGCAACGUCGCUAACAUUACAAUGAAUAUUUUAUACGCCCCCAACUGCACAAUCACUCGUAGUGAGGAAGAAGGAGACGAUACGCUGAUUUGCGUAGCCGAUGGCAAUCCAACUGACUAUAAAUACGAAUGGGACUUUAAAUCUGAAAAUGAAACGGAGAAUGAGAGCUUCGAUUUUGAAAUCCGUGACACGAAGUCUUAUCUAAGAUUAGGUGAUGUCCCUAAUAAGCGAGUUUACUAUUGUCGAGCGAACAAUUCAGUUGUCGACUUGGUUGGACCUGGCUCAUUUUGUGAGAUAACCGUUGAAGGUAAGCAAACAAUCAAACUCUUUAUUCUCAAAGGUCAUUUGAUGUGGUAUCAAAAGCCACUUGCGCCCUUAAUCAUUGUUGCCAUUCUCGUUGGAUGUCUUAUUGCUGUAAUUAUUUUGAUUUGUAUCAUCAUCUGCAUGUGUAGGCGACGUCGAAAGCGGUCAAGCAUGGAGAAGUCAUUGGUGGAUACAAAGCCGAAUGAUCCCAAUGCAGCGCCAUGCGAGAAUUAUGAAAAUUUACCGUUUCACGGUUUGCAAAGUCCGCCAACAAAGUUCAAUUAUUUAACAGCACCAGCAAAUAACCUGAAUGUUAAUUUAGUGCAUCAUCAGCAAAAACCAUUUGUUAGUCAUCCCUAUAGUGAGCAUUAUUAUUACGAAAGUAGCAAUAAUAACAAUCGAACAUACAAUAGUUCAACUCCAAAUAGUACCAUCAGGAGUGUUAAAAACUAUCGAAAGCCUCAUCCGCCGGUGGGAUCGGCUUUACAUGUCGUUCCAACAAAUGUCAACUAUAACGUUGUUAUGAACACUUCAACGCCUAAUUCGUCUUAUCAGGCAACAAAUCCCUUGACAAAUAAUUUAAAUCAUUCAUACAAUAAUACAAAUUCACACAAAUAUAGUAACAACAAUGUAAGCCAAAAUAACAAUUUAAACCAUAGCAAUGUUAGCUAUCAAAAUAAAAAAAUUGAUCAGAAUAAUACAAGCAAUUUGAGUCGAAGAUCGAGUCAGAGCAGUAGUAGUCAUGAAUGGAUGUCAGAGAAACCUCAUUCAUUAUCUUUGUGUAUAAAUCGAAUCAAUCUUAAGAAAUCAAACAAGAAUACAUCAUCAAGUGGUGCACAAUUUCAAUCAAUGCGAUGUCGAAAGCAUCGCAAUCGUAAUCAUUUCUUUAAUACGUCAACAACAACAUCAUAUCAAAAGUAUAAACUUACGAAAUCAUGUUCGAAUGACACUGUGAAUAGCGAUAAACCGUCCGAUCCUGAUGAUAGCUUAUAUAUUAAAAGAAGUGAUACAUACAUUUAUUAACUAAACCAAGCGAAAGAAGAAAAGUUGUUCCUUCAGUGUUUUAAUCAGGAAAAAAGAAAAUUUCAAAGAAAGAAAAUCUUCAGUUCAUGUGAUGGAAAAAUCCCAAAGAAUUCUUUUUUUAUACUUUUACAUGUUAGGGUGGAUUCAGGCAUUAGGGAAAUAAAGUUUUCAUGGUGGUAACCAGGAAGUGUUUCUUAUUAUUUAAAGGAAGUGGGUAGAAGGACCUAAGCUUUAAGAUUUUCUUUUUUUUAGGAGUGAAAUCCUUAAGUAAUUCAACUUCCAAUAAAAAUGAAUAAAAAGUAAUGUGAAAUUCUUCCUUUAUCGCAUGAUUCACAGAAGGCGUCAAAUCCUUCUUUAGAAGUACUUCUCUCUCUCUCUUUCUCUCUCUAUCUGUCUCGCUAUUAAGAAAUUGAAUUCAAUGUAUUUGGAUAAAAGCUUAAUGAAUAGAAGCUUUCAUGAGAGCUUUUGCGUAGGAUAAAAAACAAAACAUAAAAGUAUGUUCGCAAUCAUUUAUAUCGCGGUUUGAUUGAAUCCUUUAAGCCCCAGAACACUUUAAAAAUAUUCUCUCAUGAAACUUUAUCCUUUUAUUGCCUCAAUCCAUCCCAUGAAACCAUUAUCUAUUUUAUUUUGUCAUUCGACAUCACAACAAAGAAGUUAGAACAAACUGAAAUAAAAUUCUAUCAUUUCAAUAUCAUCGACUCGAAUGUUGUUUUUAUGUCUACAAAUUUUUCUGUCUUAGUUUACUUUUCGA